UCUCCAGAAAUACGUGGAGCUUGCUUCUCCUGAAGUGGCCUUGGCAGGGUGUCGGAGCCCUCAGUUUGCCAGGUCUGGUCUCUGGGGCCAGGGCUGGGUUUCCCUCAUGUAUGACAAGAGCCUUACUCGGCCUGUGCUUCUUCUCCUUGGCAUACAGCUGACAGCGCUUUGGCCUACAGCAGCUGUGGAAAUUUACACCUCCCGCGUACUGGAGGCUGUUAACGGGACUGAUGUUCGGUUAAAAUGCACCUUUUCCAGCUUUGCCCCCGUGGGUGACACUCUCACAGCGACCUGGAACUUCCGUCCUCAAGAUGGGGGGUCUGAGCAAUUUGUAUUCUAUUACCAUGGGGAGCCCUUUGAACCCAUGAGUGGGCGGUUCAAGAAUCGGGUGGCCUGGGAUGGGAACCCUGAGCGGAACGAUGUCUCCAUACUCCUCUGGAAACUACAGUUUGAUGACAAUGGGACAUACACCUGCCAGGUGAAGAACCCACCAGAUGUUGACGGGGUGAUAGGGGAGAUCCGGCUCAGCGUUGUGCAGACUGUACGCUUCUCUGAGAUCUACUUCCUGGCUCUGGCCAUUGGCUCCGCCUGCGCACUGAUGGUCAUAAUUGUAAUUGCAGUUGUCCUUUUCCAGCAUUUCCGGAAGAAGCGAUGGGCUGACAGAGCUCAUAAAGUGGUGGAGAUAAAAUCGAAAGAAGAGGAAAGGCUCAACCAAGGAAAAAAGGUCUCUGUUUAUUUUGAAGAAACUGAUUAACACUUUUAGAUGG